AUGCUAGAGGAGGUCCACAUCGUUCUAGCCAAGAAGACUCGAGGCCGUAGCAGGGAAGAAGUCAUCGAAGCACUCCAGUCGCUAAGUAGCUACAGCAACAAGAUCGGCCACGCAAUAAACUCCCAGCGCGAUGCCCCCCGUGACAACGCUGUCCCCGGCCCAUUCAACCAUAUAGGCUUCAUCGCCACCAGGGGUGCCACCGCCGGCUGCGAUGCUAAUCCCGUCACCGUUACCGCAAACCAGGAACCUCGUCUUGUCUAUCUCGACAAGGACACUCGUAUUAAGCUCUGCUCUCUAUUCUUCGACCGCUUCAUAAACAACGCCACCGACAACAUUAUCGAACUCGUUUCUACCUCGGCCUACUCUCAUGCCCAGCAACCGGCCCCCCAGGACAUUUACAACACUUCGGACGGAAUCCCCGACGUGAUCCGCAACAUCGCACGCGCGUUCAUCGAGAUCUUUACCAUCAACAGACAGAGCACAUCUGUAGCCUUCCUCGGGAACCUGCGGUCUAUUAAACUUCACCGCCUAUUUAAAGAUAUCGAAUCGAUAAUAACCUCCUUAUCCGAGAAUAAAGUCAAGGAGUACGUCAAUAGCAACUUUAGUCCUCGCGAGGAGGGACAGAACAACAAAACCGCUAUCAUUACCAUGCUUGCAAAAGAUCUUCAUCGCAGCUUCAGCGAUAUUGAAACGCUCGUUAACCACGCAGGAUUCGCCCACGCGCUCUACACCGCAUGGGGUCGCGGGGCGCUAAUGUUCCUGCCCAGCACUAAGAUCAUCUUGUAUAAUAACAUCUACUGCAAUAGCGCUCUCCUAGAUGUGAUGAGGUUGCUCAGCGCAAUUGAAGGGACCGAAAUUUUUGCAAAGCUCGCUAAACGCAUGGAGGAGGAUAUCAUCAAGCCGUUCAUGAGUUGCCGCCUUAUGGGUUUUCGCGCCACGAAGCGAGCCAGCGGGUCAGUAGAGGAACUAAUCGAAAAGGUCAAGCACUUAGAUCCCGAGACGGAGUCCGGCGAGGACUUUGACAUACAGGUCACGGAUGUUAGUAAUUACUAA